GUUUAAUUUAAUUGCGCCAUCUUAAUUUAUUAACACAAGUAUUAAAAUAAGUCCAGGAAAAAUAAGGAAAAAAAGUGUCAAUCGCAAAACUUCAAGAAUCAACAACAACAACAAGAAUCGUACAAAAUUAACAUCAAAUUUCAUAUAGGCUUAAAAAAUGAACUCGUAUCACGGUCUCCCUUAAGGUCCCCCCUAGUUUUUUCGGAAAAAAGGGCCGCUACCACCAGCCGAGCGGAAAAAUCAAAGAGGCACAAAUGAGAAAGUUACUGGGGAAAACAGGGAUUUUUUCUUUAGUACUUUCCCUGUUGUAUAGGGGAGUAAGCUCUGUCGAUAUUUCACAAUGUAUCGGGCCUCUUGGCAUGGAAAACGGUCUUAUUAAAGAUCAUGAUGUCACAGCAAGUUCUUCCUUUGAUCCUUUAAACGUUGGACCACAACAUGGAAGAAUACGAACGGAACUAAACGGAGGCGCCUGGUGUCCACAGUCUCCUGCCACCCAAGACACUAAGGAAUGGAUCGAAAUAGAUCUGCACUCUGUUCAUUUAAUUACUGGCACUGAAACUCAAGGAAGAUUCGGUAAUGGCCUCGGAGUAGAAUAUGCAGAAGAAUACGUAAUAGAAUAUUUUAGACCUCGUCUAAACAAGUGGACCCGUUACAGAUCAAAAACAAACAACCAUCUGUUAAAAGGCAAUCAGAACACUUAUCUAGAAUCUAAGACAUCUCUUGAUCCUCCAAUAUGGGCAAGUAAAAUUCGGUUUCUACCCUACAGUUCACAUAGAAGAACGGUUUGCAUGAGGGUGGAAGUGUAUGGAUGCAAAUGGACCGAUGAGAUUUUAAGUUAUUCUAUGCCUCAGGGCGACAAAAAAGGAAACAAUUGGGAGUUUUAUGAUUUUAGUUACGAUGGAGAUUGGGAUGGAUAUUUACUUAAGUCUGGUCUUGGGCAACUUGUGGAUGGGUUAACUGCACCAGACGAUUUCCGCGAGUCAUUCCAAUUUAAAAAUCUCCAAGGCUGGGUGGGUUGGAGGAGCGAUCUAAGAGAAGACAACUUUAUAGACAUCACUUUUGAGUUUGGAAAAUUACGGGAGUUCAGAGGACUGUACAUUUUCUGCAAUAACCAAUUUCUUCGGGAUGUGCAAGUGUUUAGUGCCCUGGAAGUGUUUUUCAGUAUCGACGGUACCAAAUACAAAGGAGCACCCAUAAGGUACGAUCAUGUGAGUGACAGCAUUUUCGAAGAUGCCAAGAAUAUAUCGGUCGGUCUUCUUCAUCGAGUGGGUAAAUUCGUGAAGUUAAGACUUCAUUUCGCUGCCAAGUGGAUUUUAGUAAGUGAAGUGCGUUUUGAUACCAUGGAUGUGCGAACUGAUUUCGUUGAAGCUGAUAGCGAUAGUGUGUUGCCAACAACUAAAAGUAAUUUAGUGGAAUUCGAAAUCAAGGAAUCUAGUGACUAUGGAAUGUAUUUGGGAAUAGUUGUAAGUGCCUUGGUGCUGUUGCUUCUUGUGAUGGGUUUUGUUGUUGUUUUCGUGUUUUUGCAUCAAAGAAGAUUGAGGAAAUUCGAUGUUCCUAGAGGAGUUCAAAGUGGCAAUAAAGGACUUAACUUUUAUGAAGGACCUCCUUUAGAUAUAAUAACAAUUCCUCCUGACUAUGAUCUGCCUGCAGAAGAUUUUGAAUACUCUGUGCCUCUUCAGGAGGGAUACGCUUCGCCUAGUGACACAUUGGGCAGAAAUGCGACGGCUUAUUCAGAUUCUGAGCAAUAUUAUACCAGUGUAGAUAUGUGUAAUAAAAAAACUUACUUUAGUCCUCCUCCUUCUGUCUUAGAUAGUCCUAAUCUCACUAAACCCUUAAACUACGAUAUGAAUUAUACUAAAAGACUGAACUGAUAGGUUAGAGGAAAGGUUUGUAAGGCAUUUCUUCUUAACAGGAAAUAUUUGAAAUAAGUAAGGUUUUUUUAUUAUUCAUUGUGUUUAUAUUAUGAUUUAUGUAAAAUAAAGCAAUAAACUUUGUACCUAUAAAAUGUA